AUGAUUUCCGACGGUGGGCACUAUGUUGACGGCUCGUGGCUCCUGUCAGUUCGCAUCGAUUCUCUCAAUGUGGAUCGAGAGAUGCGAGUUAAAGGUGACUGGUCCAUUGGCCGUGUGCUUGUCGGCCUUAUCGAGGGUCUGGCGCAUCCGCAGAAGCUAGCCUGUGAAGCCAGCGACAUCUCCCUCUCCCCCGGUAUAAUCAACUCGGGAUGGUCCGAUUUUGCGCUCUGGUGGCCCUUAAAAAAUAGGUGGAUUCUACAAACCCAUGCCAGCUUGGAUCAGUACGGACUGCAAGCGGAUGCCCGACUCCACUUCAUUCGUGUCCACGGUCGUCUGCGUGUUCAAUUACCUGAUCUACAGACUCGUGUAUUCUGUGAUGUAAAUUUCACUGAACCCGUUUUUCGUUUGGUUAUUCUCAUAUGUAAACAUCUCGGUAUUGCACACCCUGAAGAGCUCUCUCUCCAGUACCCAGAUUUUGAUAGAUUUUGCAUCCCUGUUCAUGGGAAAAUGCCCUCUGUUUGGAAUGAGCAAUGGAGCACUUUGCCUGCGUCGGCCAGGAGAUCUUUCAAGAAACUCGCCUUCACUUCGCCAUCAAAGACAGAUUUACGGCAGAAGAGACCAGCUAGCUGCAUCCUCUCUCCUACUGAUCAAACCGAUAAGCCGGCGCGGAAUGUCAUUACAAAUAAUCAGACCAUGCUCCGUCGACCGCAGGUGUACGGUCCACCGAGAGUUAGAAAUCGUCCGAUUAGUGGGAAUUCUCCAUUGUCACCAACACGACCCGACUCUGUCUAUCUGUCACAGUCACUCUGUGGGGCGCCGCUUAGCAAGCUGGAGAUUUGUGACGACCCCAGUCUAAUUUCGAGUCCACAGAUGCCGCUUUCUGAAGCCCUAACCUCUGGUAGCAUCCAGCGCCAAUGUGGUUUUUUCGCUCGUGCUCGUUUCUCCAACGUUUGGCUUGAACUGGGUCGUUCCCUAAUGGAACAGGGGAUUUAUCCUGCUACGCUUAACCUAGACGACACCUUGGAUUCUGCCACAAUUAAUCCAGAAACCGAGGGGAAAGAAAACGGGGUGAAUGGGGUGGAGACGGAUACGAUUCCUAUGCUGAGAUUGCGAUUUAAGUACAAUGCUUUUUAUGAUUUGACACUCAAGAAUAGCGCCGUGAGGAUUAACCAAUUGUUCGAACAGGCUCGAUGGUCAGUCGUCUCGGAGACGAUCGAAUGCACCAAUGAGGAAGCAGCGCUUUUCGCCGCUCUACAGUUGCAGCUCCGUCAAAUCAGCAGUUCCUCUGACCCCCAGUCCAGUAGCCGCGAACCCCGAUCUUUCUCAAUCAGUGGUGAGAUAGUGGAAGUGAACGGUCACAGUCGAUCUAUCUCCCCUCCGCUCUCUCACCCGGUCCGCCGUCCCUCGUCCUCAUUCGGCAGCGACGCGUUUAUCUCUAGACCCGCUAACCCGUCGGUGCAAGAUCUAGAUCACGAAAUCGAUCUACUGUUAGAUGACCUCACCACCACCUGCCUUCAACAGGACCGCAGUAAUCUAAUUCGUGGGGGGCCCAGCAGCACUCAUCACUUUCCUCGCCGCUUUUCAACACCCUAUCGACCGCGGUGGGAGCGAAACAGCAGGAAUGGAGGUGGAGUGGAAGUCUCGCUGCCUGAGUUGGCCGCCUAUUUGAAGGUCUGCAAGCCUCGCGCCUUCGGUAUCAAGACCUAUCGACGCUUCUAUGUGGUGCUGAAGAAGACUUCCCUCCUUAUAUUUAAGACUCAAGAGGACUGUCAAAACUCUCAACUUCCUGUGGAUUCAGUGUGCCUCCUGGGCUGCGAGUCGUGGCCCGAUCUCAGUCCCACCUCAGAUCGCUAUGCACUGCGAAUCUUCACUCCCCUACUGAAACAAGCUCUUCCACUCUCCAGCGCACUGCGAGCUGACAGCGGCGUAGUAGAUGGCGGAGGCAUGGGAGACAGUGAUUCGGUGUCCCUGACUACGCGACUGAAGCGCCGCGCUUCACUCCUCUCCCUCACUUCUCUCGGUGGUCUUAAUGCAGUGUGUGGACGUGCGGUGUCGCGUGCCAGUGGACUUCUCAAUGAACUCAUUCUCCGCUUGCCCGACGAGGCGCACUACAUAGAGUGGGCUGCAGCUGUCCGCCUUGCUGGCAGUCUAUCACUCGGUUGCUCCGGCGCCGCCACACCCGAGACGGUGCGCCGACUCUUUGAGGCAGAGAAGCGUGCCACCACGAGUCUGCUACAAUUACUAACCCCACUGCCAAUGAAGAUAACCUCACUGAGGACGGAUAGUAAAAAUCCUGUUGGGGCAGCGGAAAGACUCUGGCUACUACAAAAUAUCUCGAUCAUUCUUCCAUACCGACUAGCUGGAGAGCAGGCCGGAGGAGGAGGCACGACGCAGUCCAAGGCGUCAGAACCGAUUGUGCCUACUACCGGCGCUCUAUCGCCGGCUAAAGAAGAGGUUGGCAAUAAGCGCUUUUCAUGUUUUUGA